AUGACGCGCUUAACCUUGUUUCUUUUUUCGCUAGUCUCGAUCGUCUUGCUUACCCCAGUGUCGGCUAUACCCCAGGUAGACACGUUGCAUCUUGUCAAUGCAAGCAUAUCCCCUUCAUUCGGUGAUGGAAUAUCGACACCGAAAUUCGAUCUCAUCGCGAGUAUUGUCGGGUUCGACUCCACGAUCAGAUUCGUCCUAGAAACCAACGACGACCUCAUCUCACAGGACGCCCGAAGCCAAAAUUGGCUCGGAUAUGGACGGACAGAACAUGGGAGUCAGCUCAGUGACGGGCUGCAUAUGACCAAGGGAACAUCCUGGGUCCAAGACGGUACCGGCAGCAAGUGGGAUAAUGCAGGGUGGGCACGACUGGCCAUCAGCCAGGCAAAAGAAGGCGUGACCUUCGACGGAACCUUCACACUGUUCCAUUCGCAGUAUGAGAUCCAACUAGAGGGAAGUGAUGGCGAUCUACCGAAGAUGAUAGCCCAAAGACAAGACUCGGACUUCAUAGCCGGUAAUCGAACAUCGGAUUCGAUGUGUGGCACAGCUCCAGAAGACAUCCUUACAAGACGUCAGCUGGGAGUCAUCAACGCAUGGAGCGACGAUUUGGAAAAUACCAUCGGCGAUACAGCCGGAUGUCCAAAUACGAGACAGGUCGCAAACAUUGGUAUCAUGACGGACUGCACAUAUACCUCGAGUUUUAAUUCGUCCGAUUCAGCCCGCAGAUACAUCCUCAACAUGGUCAACACAGCCUCAGUCGUGUUCGAAAACAGUUUCAAUAUCUCUAUCAGCAUCCAGAAUCUGACGGUCAGCGACGAGUCCUGCCCCAGCGGUACCUCGCAGGCAUGGAAUACGCCCUGUUCAAAUGGUGACAUGAACUCUCGUCUUCAGGCCUUCUCUUCGUGGAGAGGCUCAAUCAACGACAACAAUGCCUACUGGACCCUGCUGACCGGCUGCUCCGUGAACGGAGGCGAAGUCGGCGUCUCAUGGAUCGGAGCACUCUGCAAUUCCGGCUCUGGAUCCAGCGGCUCCAGCAACGGCGGAGCAAGCGCCAAUGUAGUGGCGCGCACACGAUCAGAAUGGCAGGUCUUUGCCCAUGAAUCGGCCCAUACCUUCGGUGCAGUGCACGACUGCGACUCGUCAGCCUGUGGAGGAUCAGGGGCCUCGCAAUGCUGUCCCCUAUCUACAAGCUCCUGUGACGCAGAUGGGGAAUACAUCAUGAACCCCGUUUCCGGACAGGGCAUGACGCGCUUCUCGCCAUGCACGAUUGGAAACGUGUGUUCGCGACUUGGAUCCGGGCAGGUCGACUCGCAGUGUUUGGUGGGCUCUGAUGGAAAUAACGGGACGACAGGCGAGUGUGGGAAUGGGAUCGUCGAGCCAGGAGAGGCAUGCGAUUGUGGAAAUGGGGUUUGCGAUGAGCGGGAAACUCGAUGCUGUGACUCGGUGACUUGUCAGUGGGCGGGGGGUAAUGGGUGUCGAUCCCAUACUGGAGAUACGGGUACCGAUGGGGGGAGGGGGAGUAACGACAGUAGCGGCGGUGGCUCGAAUGGCGGUUCGUUGUCGUCGUGGUUCGAUGAUCAUCGCACUCUGGUUAUUGGGCUUGCUGCUGGUGUUGGAGGAGCGUUUCUGCUGGCGGUGCUGGGAUGCAUUGUUUGUUCUUGCAGACGGCCUAAGGAUCCGAAAAUCCCCAUUCAACGAUGA